AUAAUAAUAUAGUCCCAACAGAAACAUGAGGCUAAGAAACUGUCACUGAUUUCUCUCUCACAAAUCAAAAAUGAAAGUUGUAAAUGCUUCUUCAUCUUCACCACACUUUUCUAUCUAUUCCUCAAAACCACCACACUCAACUACAACAUGUUUUCUUGCUUCUAUGAAUGUAAAGUCUUCACCUUUGUUUUCUAUUCAUUUUUCUCUUCAUUCCCAAAGGAACCAAAGUUUGUUAUUAUGGAAUUCUCAUAAAAGGGUCAUCUUGAAAAGCUCUUGUUCUGCUAAAGCUGCUUCUGUUGAAGUUGGAAAUUCCUCGAUAUCAACCGGAACAGCUGAGGAUGAUGUGCUGAAAGCCUUGUCUCAGAUCAUUGAUCCGGACUUUGGAACAGAUAUUGUUACUUGUGGAUUUGUGAAGGAUCUGCAGAUCAAUGAAGCUCUUGGAGAGGUGUCGUUUCGGUUAGAGCUCACUACACCAGCAUGUCCGAUCAAGGACGUGUUUGAGCAGAAGGCAAAUGAAGUGGUGGCAAUACUCCCUUGGGUCAAGAAUGUGAAUGUCACGAUGUCUGCACAGCCCGCGAAGCCUUUAUUUGCAGACCAACUUCCAGCAGGUCUACAGACAAUUUCAAAUAUUGUGGCUGUAUCUAGUUGCAAGGGUGGUGUGGGAAAAUCAACUGUAGCAGUAAACCUUGCUUAUACUUUGGCUGAUAUGGGAGCUAGAGUUGGUAUAUUUGAUGCAGAUGUUUAUGGUCCAAGCUUACCAACUAUGGUCUCUCCCGAAAAUCGAAUCUUAGAAAUGAAUCCAGAAAAGAAGACCAUAAUUCCAACUGAAUACAUGGGAGUCAAGUUAGUUUCGUUUGGAUUCGCUGGACAAGGACGUGCAAUAAUGCGCGGCCCUAUGGUUUCUGGAGUCAUUAACCAACUUCUGACUACUACUGAGUGGGGCGAGCUGGAUUACCUUGUUAUUGACAUGCCUCCCGGAACUGGAGAUAUUCAACUCACUUUAUGCCAGAUAGUCCCAUUAACUGCUGCUGUAAUUGUUACCACUCCUCAAAAGCUAUCGUUCAUUGAUGUCGCAAAAGGAGUUCGGAUGUUUUCAAAGCUUAAGGUGCCUUGUGUAGCUGUUGUAGAGAACAUGUGUCAUUUUGAUGCUGAUGGAAAAAGAUACUACCCAUUUGGUAGAGGUUCAGGUUCUCAGGUUGUUCAGCAGUUUGGAAUACCACAUCUAUUUGAUCUCCCUAUUCGACCGACGCUAUCUGCUUCUGGAGACAGUGGAAUGCCUGAAGUCGUGGCCGAUCCUCAAGGCGAUGUUUCGAGGAUAUUCCAAGAACUAGGAGUAUGUGUUGUGCAGCAGUGUGCCAAAAUACGCCAACAAGUUUCAACAGCUGUAACCUAUGAUAAAUCAAUCAAAGCAAUUAAAGUAAAAGUACCAGAUUCAGAUGAGGAAUUCUUUCUGCAUCCUGCAACAGUGAGACGGAACGACCGCUCUGCUCAAAGUGUGGAUGAAUGGUCAGGGGAGCAGAAAUUGCAGUAUACUGAUGUUCCUGAAGAUAUUCAACCUGAAGAAAUUAGGCCAAUGGGAAAUUAUGCAGUUUCAAUAACUUGGCCUGAUGGGUUUAGUCAGAUUGCUCCUUAUGAUCAGCUGCAGACAUUGGAAAGGCUAGUUGGUGUUUCUUAAAAACCAACUGUACAAGCUUCAAGCAUGAUAUUUUGGCAUCAUAUUGUUGCAUUGCAUUGAUGUAUGUACUAAAUUACUAAUUAUUGGGAAUGGUGAAAUCAAUGCAUGAAUGAUAGCAGCUUCAAUAGUUCUUCAAUUGUCCUUCAACCAUUAGGCAGAUAUAUUGGUAGAGUUAAUUAAGAGAGCUUUGUAUGUUAUAGGUUGGCCUUUAAAUUCUCUAAGCAACUCUAGUUUUUUUUUUCUCUCUAUUUUCUGUUUGUUGUAUUUUAUUUUCUUCCUUUGUGUAAAGCAUUUAUUUCUCAAAUGUGAAACCUCAUAUGUUAAUUUCACAUAAAUACGAGUCAUUUCCAUCCACA